CUCAGUCACGUGACCACCAGCUGUGUCUCUAAGCAGACGACAUCCUAAUAUUAGCUUUCAGAAAAUCCUGGUUUGUCGUAGAAUCUGUUGUACUGUACAGGAUAGUAGUACUUUGGGGGAAGUUAUUCUGUUGAUGAAUGCACCGGGAAAGAACUCGAAUAUUAUCAUGGCCGCUCAAGUGACUAGUCAGUAUAAUUUUGCAGACACUGGGCCCGAAGAACUCCAGAAAUUGCUCAAGAAGUUAGAAUUUGAAAAUGAGCAGCAGUUGGUGCUUAUUGAUAAAGAAAACCAGCAUAUACAGGCUCUUGAAAAUGACAUUCAGUUUAAAUAUGAUGAUAUUCAAAGACUGCGUGAAUCUACAACCCAACUUGAUGAUGAAACAAAAAGAGUUUACAGACAGUUCAAACAAAAUAGAACAAACUUUGAAAGCAUGAAGAAGACCCAGCUGGUACAACAAGAACAUGAAGAAGCUAUGAAAAAAAAACUGGAAUUUCAGACUGUCAAAUGGCAGCAGGAAAAAUCUGAAUAUGAUGUGCUUUUGACACAAUAUGAAACCACUUGGCAAACAUACCUUGAGAAGUAUGAAAGUCGCAGCAUGGCAAAAGAACUAAGGGGAAUUGAAAAGUUAUGGAAUAAAACUAAAGAAAUAGCAGAAGUAUCUCAGCAAAAAGUAGUGGAUCUCAAAACUGAAAUUGAAAAACUGAAAAAAAUAAAAGAACAACCAAAACCAUUUGAAAGCAUUACUGCGUGGAUUGUGAGUCUGUAUCCUUCAGCAUAUGAAAUUGAACAAGAAAAGAUACAGAAACAACAAAUUGAAAAUGCCCAUACUAUGACCAAACCAGCAGUUUCAGAACAGAGUGAAAUUGAAUGUAUUAGAGUUGAAGAACAGGGUUAUAGUCAAGAAUGUAGAAACAAUACUAGUAGUGGUAACAUCCAAGAUAUAGAAUCACAAAAAAGUCAAAACAGUGAGGUCAAUCAGGUAGUCAGGUCAAUGGUAACACCAACUACCCCAACAAACAUGCCACAGAUACAUAGUCCGGAAACUUGUGUCUCUAAACAACCUGUUGUAAGAAGUAGUGCCAGUCAGAGACCUAUUCCCAAGGAAUCACCAAAACAUAUGAUUACUAUUCCACAAUUACAUAUGCCUAGCAUCGGAAUCAGAAAUCCUCAGCAUGUUCCUUCACAACAGCAGCAUGUACAAAGACCUCAGUCAACCCAACUCUUGAAGCAUAUUCAACAUCAACAAAUUCAACGUAAAUUGGAAGUUGCACAGAUGAAUCAACAACAUGCACAACAAGGUAGAACACAGUUAGAAAUAAACCAGCAGAAGCGCAGUGACCAAACACAACCAAGGGAUGAAAUGUACUCUGGUGUACACCAAGAAAGCUCAAGUGAUAUGAUAGCUAACUCACAGACAGAAACCCAAUCUAGUGAUAAUACAACAUCACAAUAUCACCAUGAAAUGAGAGAAUUCCCCAAAACACCAGAACAUAUAAAUGGAUCUUCAUCAGCUAACACCCCGAGCUCCUCAUCACCUACUUGUAGUGAAGGCAGUCCAUUCACCAUGGAAAUAUUUAAAAACACAUUGCGUAAAUCACCAGGAUUUCAAUAUGCCAGUAGAUCAAUGUUUACAUCAAAUCAAAUACCAAAUUCGACACAAGAGACUGAUAAUAAUUCUGGUGGUAUAGAAUCUCCAUUCUUCCAUUCAUUCUCAGGAGGGACUUUAACAGGAGCUGCAACAUCAAAUACAGAGUCAAGAGAUGAUAACAGAUGUGAAUUACAAUUCAGUAAUCUAUCUGACAGUACUUUGUUUGGACACAGUGAGCAACAACCAAAUCACAACAGCAGCAGUACUGGAGGAUUCUCAAUGUUUGGUUUCAAUAAUAGUAACGCAGAUGAAGGAAGCACUGGAUUUAGUUUUAACUUUGGUGGUGCAGGAAACUCACCUGAGAAUUCAAGUGGAGGUUUCAGUUUAUUUCAAUAA